AUGCCAGGGCCCUUUGAGGCCCCAUUCGGGUUUGACCCUCGCUCGGCAGCCCUGGCGCCGGUCAAGCGGCGGCCGAUCCCGAGCAGCACGGCCCCCGGCCCGGUCCGGGGGCCUCUCGAGGCGGACAGAAUAACCCAGGCUCCCCCGCAGGGGAGCGCACCCAGCGGGACCCAGCAUGCCGAGCAAGCCUCAGAUCCCAUCUGCGAACGGGUCCUCAUCAAGUGGGAGGGAAAUGUCAGGACUAGCAUCACGCCGGCCUGGGCGCCUGGGCGCGUCGAGGUGCUCAGCGCUGUGUCGCCCCUGAUCCGCGCGCGCGUCGAUGACCUUCGCUGCCGCCCCCACCACCGGUGGGAGCCUGUGAUCUCCAAGUCAGACGGCUUCGAUGCCGACACGGCCACGCGGGUGCUCAACGAAAUCGGACCCGAGACAGCCAACCGGCGCCAGACUGUAGAUCUGCUUUGCCUCGAAGCCAACGUCAUGUGGUUCUUCGAGGUCGUCGCAAAGCAGCUUCGAGCCUGCCCGACGUGGGAGGCCACGGACGGCGACGGGGGCCUCAUCGCCUCCAAGUCCAACUCCCGCCACGCCGUCCGCAAGUCGCAGGCGAGCCAGUCGUCGCGGUCCAGCCAGUGGCAGUGCUGGUACUCGGAAACGGCCCACUGGAGCCGGCUGACGGCGCUCCAGCUGGCGAACAUUGCUCUUGUGCUCGAGUGGGACGACGUGUUCAAGCGCGAGCUCAAGACGGUUGUUUGGGACUGGACCAAUGCGUCGGAGGCCGUCCUCGAGACGCCCGUCGAGCGUUUGAAGGCCACUGGCGAAGAGGGAUUGGACAAGCGGAGGGAAGACGAAAAGGGAAGGAUCUUGAGAUAUAUGCGGAAAUACCUAGACGACCAGAAAGCUGUCAGCAGAGAGGCACGAGACUGCGUCAAGCGGGUGAAAAAGGACCUGAAAAAACACAACGUCAAGCUCGAGACGGGCCAUUUCGAGGACCCUAACAUCUACAGGAUGUUGAAGAAGAUCGAUGACUGCAUCCUAAAGGAGAGUCUAGCGCCGGGAGAGCCAGCCGUGGCUCCGCAGAUAGUGAAUCGCAACCGGCCAGCCACGCCCGGCCUGCUUGGCAAGCUCAAGACGCUGGAAUCGGGUGUCGAGUCGAUUUUCUCGGGCGGCCCCGCGCACAGAGAGUUUGUGCUGGAGAUGCGAGCGGCAGUCCACCGGAACAUUAUCGACCGGCAGGAGUCCAUGGCCCAGGCGAUGCUGGCGUGGAGGAACGGCGAGGUGAGCAAGUGGCUGAAACAUUAA